AUGAAAGAAUAUAACUCCACAAAAACUAAUUAUCAAAUGUUGAAUAGUUUAAUCUCAUCUUACUUAUCAUUAAAAAAUUCUGUUAAAUCUAUCGAUGAAUAUGGUUUUACUAUCGAUGUUAAAACAAUUAAUACUCAAAUUCAAACUCAAAUUGAUAUAAAUUUGAAUUUAAUGAAACAAUAUAGAAAAGUUCGAUUAUCUAGACGAAUUGAUCCAACAAAAGAUUAUUGUAGUCUUAUUCAACCCAUUUGUGGAUUAAAAGAAACUCCUGAUAAAAAAGGAUAUAAAGAAUUUCCAGAUGGAAAAAAUUGUCUUUAUAGAACAGCAAUAUAUUUUUCUAUUAUUGAUGGUGUAGUUCCUCAACAAAUAGAACCUAAAAAAAAUGAAGAAUGGAUCGUAUAUAAUUUAAAAGAAUUAUCAAAUCUCAAAGUUACACCAUCGGUAGAAACAAAUCUUAAACAAAUCACUGAAGCUAUUCAAAAUAAAUUUAAGAGAAUUUCUAGAAAAUGUAAAAGAGUUACAGUUAAUAAAACUGUUAGCAAUUCUAAUAUUAGUAGCCCUAAUUAUAAAUCAACUAGCGAUAUAGAAAAAGAAAUUUAA